AUAGAUUCCAAUUCCUUCCUCUUUUAGGGUUUCUUCUUUCUUCAACCAUUUUCACACUAAUAAUUUUCUCAUUCUUCUUCGUCUUCUUCACUCUUCAUUCUUCUAAACUUUUCUUUAAAAGCACUUGGUGUGUUUCUCAUUUCUUUUUUUAUUUUAAUUUUGCACACCCCCCCCCCCCCCAUUCUUUUCCCUUCAUAACCUCAAAAUCUCUUUUGGGUUUUCAUAAAUUACCAAAGGGAAAAAAAAAUCCCAAAUUCAUUGAUUUAUUCGAUUUUCUCUUCAUCUUUUCUUCCCUUGGCCUAACAAAAACCAUGCCAUAAUUUUCUGAUUUUUCUUAAUUAUUAACCCUUUCAAGGAUAAAUUUGGAAAGAACGACAUGGUUCGUGGGAAAGUAGAAAUGAAACGAAUUGAAAAUUCGACAAGUCGUCAAGUGACAUUCUCAAAGAGAAGAAAUGGACUUCUGAAAAAAGCUUAUGAAUUAUCUGUUCUUUGUGACGCUGAAGUUUCUGUCAUCAUUUUCUCCCAAAAAGGAAGACUCUAUGAAUUCUCAAGCUCCGACAUGCAAAAGACAAUCGAACGCUAUCGUAAGCAUGGGAAAGAGGGACAAAGCAACCCUUUUCGAUCAGAAGGAUAUAUGCAGCAACUGAAGCAAGAAGCUGAGAUGACUGCAAAGAAAAUCGAACAACUUGAGAAAUCCCAACAGAAGCUUUUAGGACGUGGGUUGGAUUCUUGUUCUUUUGAGGAACUUCGAGAGAUUGAAAGACAAUUGGUACUUAGCUUAACUCGUAUUAGAGAAACUAAGGCUCAGCUAUUCAAGGACCAAAAGGAGAAGCUGAUUGAAAAGGGGAAACUUCUUUUAGAAGAAAAUCUAAAGUUGUCUGCAAAGUGUGGUAUUAAGCCAUGGCAAGAAGAAGGUGUUGAAGGAGAUGGAGGCAUAAAUAUGAUGAGUAAUUUAUGCAGCCAAAGUACUAAUAGCCAAGCUUCUGAUCAUCACAUGCAGACUGAAUUGUUCUUCGGAUUGUCUUGCUCAUAAUAUAAUGAAUUGAAGGAGCUGUGGCUAUAUAUGUUCAUCUAAAAGUAUUAACAAAUUACUAAUUAAGCACACACAAUUUGCAAACAUGCAAUUUUUAAGCUUUGCUUUUUAAUUUAACCAUUAGCUGUAUGUAAAAUUAUUAUUCAACACAAUGAAAUAAGAAAGAAGAGAAUAUAUGAUGUAGGAAUUAUGUGUACUAAUAA